AUGCCCUAUGCCAACUCUUCAGUAGUAGCAGUUAUACUAGUAGUAGUAAUAGUAGCUAGUGUGAAUAUUUUAAUGGAUCAUGUUGUCCCUUUAUCUUUAAAGUUUAUCAUAACAUUUCCUUUCAACAAGGAGCUUACUCCGGCAGCAGUAAUAAAAAUAUUUGGUUCUUCUGCUCACCACUAUGAGCUAAUAGGGACUGGUUUGGGUGUAAAUGUGUCUGAUCUGACACAAAUACCAGGAACAGCAACUAACAGUCUUAUUAAAGUAUUCCAGAGGUGGUUUGAUGCUGAUAGAGAUGUCAAUUGGGAUACAUUAAUAAAACUGUGUGAUGACUUUCCUGAUCAACUGGGCAAAGCAAGGUCUAACCUUAGAUUGAUUGAAGACACAUCAAUCAGUGAAUUUUCCGUGCUAGCAUCUCAUUCAGCAAGUAGCAUAAGUACCAGUGCAGGUGGUCAUAACAUAACUUCUCCUUUUAGAAAUAAGAUAAGUGAAAGGAAUGUUUAUGAGUCUUUGAAUGCUUUACAUCUGAAAUUUUCAGAUUUAUUUAUGAUUUUUGAAAGAAAUUUUAAAGAAAAAUUUAUCCACAACAGUCAACUAGCAACUGAUGUAUCUAAAUGGCUUAUCGUACACAUGAAGUGGAAACGUGGCUCAGUAGAUAACAAUCUUGAGGAUAUUUUUAAUAAAAUUGAACCUUAUUACGACUUUAUUGAUUGUAAACUGUUACUGGACAUGAGUAGAAAGUUCCUUCCAGAUGUAACAUUCAUUGAUGGUGGAGUAACUUAUAAACUUGUUGAUGGACUACAGAGCCAUUUGGAGGAAAGCAAGAAACUUUGUACAUCAUGCACAGUUUCUGAAUUUGGAAAAUUCCUCGUGAAAAAGUUUAAUCCUAUUGAUAGAAACAUUAAUAAUCUACCUUACAUUCAUAUGCACCUUCAAAAUUGCUGGGAUGAGAUGAAUGUUAAAGGAUUGUAUGAACUUAUUAAAAAGUUACUGCCCCAAGAAUACAGACAAUCAGUUGUCAAACAUAUUACAAUAAGAAGCCUAAUGGCCCUCAGUAUGAUAAUUGCCAUAGACACAUCACUUCAUUGUAUAACAUAUACUAAUUGGGAUGGUAAUAGGGUAGUCAUGUUACAGUAA